AUGAAGCCGAGUCCAGCCGGCACCGCGAGGGAGCUGGAGCCUCAGGCACCCGCCCGGGGCGAGCAGCGUGCGGCGGAGCCCGAGGGGCGCUGGCGGGAGAAGGGCGAGGCGGACACCGAGCGGCAGCGCACCCGAGAACGGCAGGAGGCCACGCUGGCCGGGCUGGCGGAGCUGGAGUACCUGCGCCAGCGCCAGGAGCUGCUGGUCCGGGGCGCCCUGCGCGGCGUCGGGGGCGCGGGUACCGCUGCGCCCCGAGCAGGGGAGCUGCCUGCCGAGGCGGCGCAGCGCAGCCGCCUGGAGGAGAAGUUCUUGGAGGAGAACAUCUUGCUGCUGCGGAAGCAAUUGAAUUGUUUAAGGAGAAGAGAUGCUGGCUUGUUGAAUCAGUUGCAGGAACUUGACAAACAGAUAAGUGACUUGAGACUGGAUGUAGAGAAGACAUCUGAAGAACAUCUGGAGACAGACAGCCGGCCUAGCUCAGGGUUUUAUGAGCUGAGUGAUGGGGCUUCAGGAUCCCUUUCUAAUUCCUCUAACUCGGUGUUCAGUGAGUGUUUAUCCAGUUGUCAUUCCAGCACUUGCUUUUGCAGUCCCUUGGAGGCAACCUUGACUAUCUCAGAUGGUUGCCCCAAAUCUGCAGAUCUCAUAGGAUGGUUGGAAUAUAAAGAAGGCCACUGUGAAGACCAGGCCUCAGGGGCAAUUUGCUGUUCCCCCUCCACACCACAAUUUAAUUCCCUUGAUGUCAUUGCAGAUGUGAAUCCCAAGUACCAGUGCGAUCUGGUGUCUAAAAACGGGAAUGAUGUAUAUCGCUAUCCCAGUCCGCUUCAUGCUGUGGCUGUGCAGAGCCCAAUGUUUCUCCUUUGUCUGACGGGCAACCCUCUGAGAGAAGAGGACAGGCUUGGGAACCAUGCAAAUGACAUUUGCGUUGGAUCUGAACUGGAUGCCACCAAAACAGAGAGUUCUUUACCAUCUCCAAGCAGUCUGUGGUCUGCUUCCCAUCCUUCACCCAGUAAAAUGGAUGGCUAUAUUCUGAGCCUGGUUCAGAAAAAAACACAUCCUGUAAGGACCAACAAACCCAGAACCAGUGUGAAGGCUGACCCCACGAAAGGGCUUCUGAGAAAUGGGAGCAUGUGUGUCAGGGCCAUUGGCGGCCUCUCGCAGGGCAACGCCGUGAACCUUAAGAAUUCCAAACAGGCGUGUUUGCCCACUGGGGGAAUACCCUCUUCGGACAAUGGGGUAUUCUCCCCACUGAAGCAAUGGUCAAAAGAAUCAAAAGGAGAGCAACUGGAAAGUAAAAGGUCGCCGCCACCCGAGAGCUGCUUGGCAAGCACGGUCUCGGAGCUCCAAAGCAAGCAUCUGCCCCCAAAUGCCAAGGCAGCUUCCCAAGAGCAUGCGCGGUGUCCAGCCGCUGGGAAAGGUGAGUCCCUGAAAGAAAGCUGUCAGAUCUCAGCUGCCUCUCCAAAAGAGAGCCCGGGCAAAGGUCCUGUGCCCUUGCAGGAGAACAAGGCUGUGCAGUCCCUGAAAAAAAUGCCGCAGAAAAACAGCCUGCAGGCUGUCCCCGCGCCCGUUCCUCCUCCACUGCUGCCGCCUGCCUUUCCUUUGGAGGAGAGGCCUACAUUGGAUUUCAAAAGCGAGGGCUCUUCUUCGCAAAGCCUGGAGGAAGGGCAUCUGGUCAAAGCUCAGUUCAUUCCGGGGCAGGCACCGGGUGGCAGGCUGCACCGGGGCCACAGGAACAUGGGCGUCGCGAGAAGCUCCACCCUGAAGCACCGAGGCCAGGCCCUGCAGGGUCUGGAGAACAGUCUGCCGACCGUCCGGGAGAAAACCCGGUCAGGGAGCAAGAAGUGUCGUUUCUCCGACGACUUGGAUACAAAUAAGAAACUCAAGAAAGGUACUACCAAGGGACGGAAGAGCGGGAGUGGGCCUUCCGAUGUGGGUCUUCCCGGCAGGCCCCUGGGCAGCGGCCACAGGGCGGGAAACAAGGCACACGGCCACGGACGGGAGCCGGUGGUGGCCAAACCUAAGCACAAGCGAACCGACUACCGGCGGUGGAAGUCCUCGGCUGAGAUUUCUUAUGAAGAGGCCCUGAGGAGGGCCCGGAGGGCUCGCAGGGAGCACAUGGGUGUGUACCCGGUGCCGGUGGCAAUGUCCUACGCCAGUCCCUAUGCCUACGUAGCCAGUGACUCCGAGUACUCAGCCGAGUGCGAGUCCCUCUUCCACUCCACCGUGGUGGACACCAGCGAGGACGAGCAGAGCAACUACACCACCAACUGCUUCGGGGACAGUGAGUCCAGCGUGAGCGAGGGCGAGUUCGUGGGCGAGAGCACCACCACCAGCGACUCCGAAGAAAGCGGGGGCUUAAUUUGGUCCCAGUUUGUCCAGACCCUCCCAAUUCAAACGGUCACGGCCCCUGACCUUCAUAACAACUCCACAAAAACCUUUGUCAAAAUUAAGGCUUCGCACAACCUCAAGAAGAAGAUCCUCCGCUUUCGUUCUGGCUCUUUGAAACUGAUGACCACAGUUUGA